CCUGCUUCGCAGGGGCGGGGCGGCGGCGGCGGCGGCGAUUGUCUGGCGGCCUGGGGCGGCCCCGUGGCGCCUACCCUCUGCCUGUGGGGACGGAGGAGCGCGCCAUGGCGGUGUCCGAGAGUCAGCUGAAGAAGAUGAUGUCCAAGUACAAAUACAGAGAUCUAACCGUCCGACAAACUGUCAAUGUCAUCGCUAUGUACAAAGAUCUCAAACCUGUAUUGGAUUCAUAUGUUUUUAAUGAUGGCAGUUCCAGGGAGCUGGUGAACCUCACUGGUACAAUCCCAGUGCGUUAUCGAGGUAAUAUAUAUAAUAUUCCAAUAUGCCUGUGGCUGCUGGACACAUACCCAUAUAACCCCCCUAUCUGUUUUGUUAAGCCUACUAGUUCAAUGACUAUUAAAACAGGAAAGCAUGUGGAUGCAAAUGGGAAAAUCUACCUACCUUAUCUACAUGACUGGAAACAUCCACGGUCAGAGUUGUUGGAGCUUAUUCAAAUCAUGAUUGUGAUAUUUGGAGAGGAGCCUCCAGUAUUCUCCCGGCCUACUGUUUCUGCAUCCUACCCACCAUACACAGCAACAGGGCCACCAAAUACCUCCUACAUGCCAGGCAUGCCAAGUGGAAUCUCUGCAUAUCCAUCUGGAUACCCUCCCAACCCCAGUGGUUAUCCUGGCUGUCCUUACCCACCUGCUGGCCCAUACCCUGCCACAACAAGCUCACAGUACCCUUCCCAGCCUCCUGUGACCACUAUUGGUCCCAGCAGAGAUGGCACAAUCAGUGAGGACACUAUCCGAGCAUCUCUCAUCUCAGCAGUCAGUGACAAACUGAGAUGGCGGAUGAAGGAGGAAAUGGAUGGUGCCCAGGCAGAGCUUAAUGCCUUGAAACGAACAGAGGAAGAUCUGAAAAAAGGCCACCAGAAACUGGAAGAGAUGGUCACCCGCUUAGAUCAAGAAGUAGCUGAAGUUGAUAAAAACAUAGAACUUUUGAAAAAGAAGGAUGAAGAACUAAGUUCUGCUCUGGAGAAAAUGGAAAAUCAAUCUGAAAAUAAUGAUAUUGAUGAAGUUAUCAUUCCCACAGCCCCACUAUAUAAACAGAUUCUAAAUCUGUAUGCAGAGGAAAAUGCUAUUGAAGACACUAUCUUUUACCUUGGAGAAGCUUUGAGGCGGGGAGUAAUAGACCUGGAUGUGUUCCUGAAGCACGUCCGCCUCCUGUCUCGUAAACAGUUCCAGCUAAGGGCACUAAUGCAAAAGGCAAGGAAGACUGCGGGCCUUAGUGACCUCUACUGACGUGUGCUGUCAGCUGGAGACCAACCUCUCCGUAAAGCAUUAUUCUUUUUCUUCUUCUUCUUUUUCUCAUCAGUAGAAUCCAAAAUAAGUUAUUGCAGUUUAUCAUUCAAGUGUUAAAUAUUUUGAAUCAAUAAUAUAUUUUCUGUUUCCUUUGGGUAAAGACUGGCUUUUAUUAAUGCACUUUCUACCCUCUGUAAGCUUCUGUGCUGUGCUGGGACUGACUGGGCUAAAUAAAAUUUGUUGCAUAAUUUUUCUCUUUCUUGGACUUGAGAUAAGAUGCAUAAAAGAAGCCUGGCUUUUCAUUAAUAGACAAGGCACAGUGUUCAUCUUA